UUCGAAAUGCGCUCAGUUUCUUCGAAAUCCUUACGCAGUACGGUUCGUCGGAGAAGUGCCCGUACGCAGUUGAACGUUCCGUGUCCAAUUUGCGUACACAAAUCAAACAGCCAAAACGCACCGGCACGUUGGUCGCCGGUCGCACUUAUUCAUCCUGUGGUGGAGCUAAAGGUUAUUCACUCACCACUACCUUGCACAAUCGAAAACCCGUGCCGAUUUGGCCAUCGGUGAGUUUGUGGUAAAUUUUGUGUGGCGUCCGUGAUUUUUGUCGUACCAAACGUGUGUUCCCGUUCCCGGCACCAGUCAGAUGAGGGCUUGAGAAGUUCGUGCGUGUACGCAUAUGUAUGAGUGUCUGUAUGUUUGUGAGUGGUUUAAUGUUCUGUUUACCACCGUGUUCACGUAGCAGCGUAGCAUAUCCAUUCUGGCAAGCAUAAGCGAGCGAUCUGCCCGGCGUGUCCGUUCCUAGCAGGGCCGAGAAAGAUGAUUGUACAUUAAAUUCAUUACGAAGCAUCCAACCGAUUCGCACAAAUUUUAUCCACGAAACGAUUGCGAUACCGGUGAAUUCGCUAGAAAACAAAAAUAAACCGGAAGGAGAACCAAAUGCUCUUCUCGCUGGGAUUUGUUGGAUCGAGAAAUUUGAAACCAUCCCCUUGAAAGGGCCCCGCAAAUCCGUGUGUGCGUGUUUGUGUGUAUGUAUGUGUGUGUGUUUUACCUGCGUAUAAGGCUCACCUGCCUUGCGUACGAAUAAUUACCACACGGCCGGAUGUGUCCCCACAGUUCCGUUUCAGAAGGUGCGGUUUAAAGAUGUCUCUAUGUGGACGUGUGUAUAGUGCGAGCGAUUUUUAAAGUUUUAAUGUGAAGGCGUAUCUGACGGAUCCUCGGCCACUUAACACAGACGGCUGUUCGUUACACCUUCCUACCUAGUGAAUGGGUAUAGUGAUCAUAGAUCAUACCCGUAAAGAUAACAGCAAACCCGGUAAACCGCAUGGUGCAACUCGCAACUUCACGAAUGCUGCCGGUGUUUUGUUAAAAUAUCCACAAGUUUCAGUGUUACCGUCCCGGUGUCGCGGCGAAAAGUUUUGUGCAAAGAAUAUUGUGCAUCGUUUGAGCUGUUUGUGUUUUAUGGUUUUUGUUGUUUUCUCUCUCUAUCUCCCUUUCCACCCACAUUAGUUCCAGCAAACGAGACGUAUCGAGCGUGGUGACGCAAACAAAACGCUCUUGUGGUUGUCAUCUUAAGUGAUAGUGAAAAUAUACUUACCCGUGCGGUGGGAACCAAAUAUUCCCAGUUGCCGUAAAACAAUCUUGCUUUCGAGCCGGCUCCUUCAUUUUCCAAACAGUCACGAGACGAACAACUUCCUGACCCUCCGCCACAAGGGUAAUGAUAAUUUGAAUUUAAAAAGUUGUGGGAUCAUCAUUUCUGAAACUUUGGCGAUAUUCAUCACGAUCUGGAUCGUCUUCCAAAACACAACGAUUUGAGAAGAAGGCUGCUCUCUUCCUUGCGGGAGACUCCAUAGCAAAAUCAACAUAUCACAAAGAGAACAAGUAGCUGCCAGAAAGAACUGAUCGUGCGCCCUUAUGACGAUACGCAAGCGAAUGCCAGCAAACUAACCUGAUCAGCUGAGCGGUACAUGUGAUCUUACCAACUCUCGUGUUCUUAUCCAAAGAAGCUGGUUCAUUGGGAUCUUAAACAGAAAGAAAGCGGGUUCGUUCUUAACCAGCGCGAUCAUCAAUCACCCGCUUGGAUGGACUGAUGAGAGUAGUCCGUCGACGCACUCGAGGGGUGAGAUAGAUUAGCAUCAACAGAAGAACGUAGAACUUUCCUGCUAUUCUGUCGAAAACCUUUCGCAAGACAUAUAUAUACUGUGGAAUCAGUGGAAGGGCUACCGAUUCUCACACGUUAUAGCAAAAACAACGAAGCAACAAACGCAACGAAAUCAUACAACAGUCAAGAUAGAGUGAAGCAGAUCAGCAGAAGUUAGCUAGCCUAACCUGUCUUAACUAAUGCCCACGAGCGCUUUCUAGUGGGAACAAACGCAAACAACUAUACAUCAAGGCACAAACUGACCCCGCUGCUACAAUGAAUUUACGAUAUCAGGAAACGUUUUGUAUCAUAUUUUUACUAUGCACCAGUAUUACCCUCGGAGAAGACUUUGACUUUGUGCCGGAGGCGAACGAUGAUGUUGAGCCGAUAGCGGCGGAACCGCUGCAAGUAGAUAGCCAAUCGAAAUUAAUUCAUCCAAAGACGGUACGAGCCGGUGUCCACUGUCAGCCGACCGACAGCACGAUCUAUAUUUCCCUGAUUCUACGGUCCAAGAGCUGGAAACACGUCCAGACGAGCCUGAAGCAACGUACAAUCAGCAAGCUGGCUGAAUAUUUCCUAGUCCCGGAGGAAUCUUUCAUUGUUCAAGAUGCGAACAGCAACGAACGGCACAUGAUGCUCGUGAACGCCCUCCAGUACGGCAAGAAACCUCCGCUGUCGGGCAAAUCGCUAGGAUGGAUUGGAUUUCCGGUUGGCUGCGGACCGAAGAUGUCACUGAGUGCUAUGCGUAUGUCGCAAGCUGUCAGUAAUCAUCUGGCUGUUCUUCGGGACAUCACCGCUAUGGAUUUUGGCUGGUGGAUCGUCUGGAAAGCACAACCAACGGAAGAAAGCUCAACAGAUGAUACGAAUGUGGCCAGACAGAAGCGCGAAGUAGAAUUUGAUGACGAUUAUCUCUACGAUUACGACGAUGAAGAUGUUGCGGACGAUGAUGAAGGAGAAACUACUGAAAUUCCUCAUGCUCGCCGACACCAUCACGGUUCCAGUGAGUAUAGCACCAAGAGUGCCCACAGCUCACCAACUCACGCCACUAACAAGCAUACUAACAAUGAUGGGCAUGUGUCGGAAAAGCAUCAUCAUCCACAUCAUCAACAACAUCAGCAACAACAGCAACAACAACAUCAUCCCCAUCAUACCAACGAUGGCAAGGUGGUAAUGGGGCACGGUGGCCGUGGUGGAACGUCGGAGCACCGGAAGUCACCGGUAAUGGUAUCGGUGACAUCACCCAUCACACCACAAACGUCACCGAAACGCAAACACAGCCACGGACUGUACGAUCAGGUGAAGGAACGCUCCGCAAAGAAACAGGCGGCAGCACACGGCCACAAUCAGCAGCCUGAGCAAAGCGUAAGCUCAGUUACGACCGCAUCGACCGGUGACACCAGCUUCACGCCACCAGAUUUGCGCGAAAGCGUUUCCCAGCUCGAGUCAACUAUCAGCAAAACGAUCGCAAACAAUGAGCAGCUCAAAAAGGACGAAGAAACAUUGCUUGCCCGCAAGUCAAAGCACAAGCGAAUCGAUAUCGAACGUAUUGUGGAAACGGAACUGCUGCUACCGGAAAUCGAAAGGCUGCAGGAUGAAGUAUUUCGAGACGAUUACGUGAUUGAGGAUGUGGUACGGGGGCCAAAGUUUUACGAUUUCAGCACCCAGCCACAGUUGGACGGUGAGGGUAAGUUCGUACCGCUGGCGCCACAAGUUGAAGACGGAAAGCAGUUAACCUCAACCGUUACCAGUGUGAACAGAUCCACCGUAAAGCUAACCACCGUAAAGCCGGUCUCGGUGACAGUGUGGAAAGGAACGACUGCAUCUUCGCUUACCACUACCUCCAGAAAUGUUCUGUCUCUUACCACCCAUAGCAGCGAGCCCACAACGACAGAAGGUUCAACGCAAGCUUCCUUAACGGCAACCACCGUACCGAUGCGCCAGAAAGGUGAAGCUACACAAUCGUUCUUUACCACAAAGCUUCCACAUCCGGCUAUCACACCGGUGGUCAGCACGAUUGAUGCUGACGAGGAUGCACCAUCCCGAUCGGAUGCUACGACCACGAUCGGCACCAUCAGCAUGACGAGUUUAGUCUCCGUGCCACACCACAAGUCUGUCCCUAUGGUGACGUCUUCCGUUUUGCCAAGAAAUGAAGAACAUCCGGUUACAAAUGCUAGUCCACUGAUGACGACUGUAACCACAACACCGUUCACUAAAGCGAAAAUGGUGGCAACAGAAUCGAUGGAUUUGCCAACCUCCGCCACAACCCUUCCAGCGACUACCACUUCCACCACCACCACCACGGCGGCCUCCACCACCACCAUCACCGAGACGGCAACGAACAAAUCGGUAGCAUCUUUCGCCUUCGCUACUAACACUCGCUCCACUAACAUUGUCGCUUCCGUUCCAUUGGUGAAGAGCGAUGAUGAAGCCACAACGGCAGGUGCAAGCACCAGCAAAACGAUGUUCGACGUAACCGAGAAGUUCUUAACCUCAACAAGUACCGCUGCGUCACCUAUCGAAUCUUCACCCUCGCCGACGACAACUGUAUCGCCAGCAACUACUGCAACACCUGCCAGCUCGUGGAACAUGGAAGUAGAGGUAGAUGAAGCCGUUCCGGAAAGUCCCGAAACAAAGCAACAGUACGUCGAUGAAGUUGAUUCAAAAUCGACGACAUUUGUUAAUCCCGAAUUGUCAUCCACCACGACUGGCAGUAGCUUCGAUGGUGAGGAUAUUGAUUCACGUUCCGGUGCAUAUGUGAUCACCACGAUCACCAACGUACCGCUGACAACGGUGAGACAGCAGGAGUUGAAUCGCUUUGCGCCAACCAAUCGUAAUCCAUUCGGUCGAAAGAUGGCCGAAGAGUAUAACAGCGAAGACGAAGAAGAUCACGAGGUGGAGGAAGAAGACAUCGACGAGGACGAGGAGGACUACUUUUCGCAAGGGCCAACAACGACGCAACGUUCCGUUUCAACCUUUACGACGCCGACACAGCUUAAUCCUGAGGCGGAUAAAGAUAUCGAGUACGAAAACUACGACGAUGAGUACGACGAUGAGGAGGAAGAGGGAGCAUUGGAAAUUACCACCGUCAGUACACUGCCCGAACCGCGGAUACUGACCAGUACCACCACGGAACAAACGCUACCAUCGUCGACCGAGCCAAGUACUACUACAACCGCGGUAACAUCGACCACCACAACGACUUCAACAACCACCACAACGACUUCAACAACCACCACAACUACUGAGGCACCAACUACGACACCUUCGACUACCACCACUACAACCACGACUGAGCUUCCGUUGACAACCUCUACGAUGCUUACUACGGAACUGGACGAACCGACCAAUCUACCACCGACCAUCCGGAACCGCAUUCCCAAACAAGCUAUCCCCGCGGGCAAAGUGUUCCGCUACCAGGUGCCUCUGGAAACUUUCUACGACAACGAGGACGGUAACAAUCUGCGACUGGAACUGUUGGAUGUCCGUGAUCAACCGCUUAAACCGAACUCUUGGAUCCAGUUCAACCAAGACACGAAAGAGAUCUAUGGCCUUCCCAUGGAAAAGGAUGUAUCCCGGUGGUCAUACAAACUGCGUGCUACCGACUCGGGCAAUCUAACAGUCACGGAAAAGGUAGACAUUAUGGUGCAACAGCAUAAAUCGCACCGCAGCCUGAAUCACGAGAUCAGUCUCGCACUGCGUCUAAAUACAAAGUUUACCAGCAAUGUCGACUGGCAGAUGGAGACGGCACGUGGCAUCUCGGUCGUGCUGGGUGAUGUUACGCUUUCGCACAUUAUUGUUCGCGACAUUCGCAACAGCAUUCAGGAUCCGAGCUUGGCCACGUUCGUGUACACGAACGAAACGCUACCGAAGGAUCGCUGCCCGGAAGAGAAAUUGGACGAACUGGUAGCUCUGCUCACGGAACAGGCACUCAACGAUGCACUCAACCCGGACAUCACGGUUAAGUCGGUGCAGGGUCAACAGAUUGCCCAGUGCACCAAGCCCACCAUUCCGAAAGUGAAACCGACGCAAAGUAUCUCGCGCAACUUUGCACCCCAAACACGCAACCAAGUCGAUCAAGUGAACGCAACCGUAGGACAUCUGCUCGUUUUCAAAGUGCCGACGGACACCUUCUACGAUCCAGAAGAUGGUAGCGAACUGAAGAUGAAGCUCCUGACAACGGAACGUCACACACUUGAUCCAUACCAUUGGCUGCAGUUUGACUCGAAGAACCAGGAGUUUUAUGGUGUCCCGCGAACCAAUGAUAUCGGUCGUAAGGAAUAUCUUCUGAUGGCCGAAGAUCGUGAAGGUUUGACAGCGACUGAUGCCCUGGUGGUUGUGGUCAAUGCACAUCACAAGCGUGACUACAGCGUUCUGUUCGAGCUGACGCUCGACAUCACCCACGAGCAAUUUAUUACGGCACAGGUACAGCGACGCUUCAUUGAGCGUUUGGCCCAAGUGUUCGGGGACGCUUCUACGCACUACAUCAAGAUCCACAACAUCCGGCCUAUCCAUCACACCGGUCAGGUGCAGGUUUCCUUCUUCAACACAACACUAAACCGCCAACAUCAGAGAUGCCCUCAGGAGGAGAUUGAAGCAUUGCGCAACAUUUUGCUCCACCAGGACAGUACGAUCCGUGCGAAGGUGCGCGAAAUCCUGGGCCAAGAGUUUAGCCUGCAGAAUGUAAGCCUGGUGCCGCUGGAUAACUGCCAUGGGUUUGAUACACCGCACCACGCUACGAGUGAACCGGAGAAGGCCGCUCCAAAACCAAUCUCUAAGGAUGACUAUCUGCUCACGUUCGUGCUACCAUCGGUCAUCAUCAUGGUGAUGCUGCUGAUCGCGGCCAUCAUUGCAUGCAUCCUGUACAAACGGCGCCUAACCGGCAAAAUGGAACUUGAAUAUAUCAAUUUCAAACCUAUCGCCUCCUCCUCGUCCAAUCCACAAGGUACCGACGAAGAGCGGAAAUCGUUCCGCUCGAAGGGCAUCCCUGUAAUCUUCCAGGAUGAGCUGGACGAGAAGCCAGAGAUCGGCAACAAAUCGCCAGUUAUACUGAAGGACGAGAAGCCGCCACUACUGCCACCUUCGUACAGCAGUACCAAUAAUGACGAUGUGGAUGAGUACGUACCCCCACAACCGGUCAUUGUUGGCGGUCGCGAAUCGCGUGGAAAAUCACCCGUCACCCCUUCUUACCGGCGGCCACCACCGUACGUGUCUCCAUAGGCCAGGCGUCCUCCCCGGAACGGUGACAGCAAUUAGUUGGCUUAUCGUUUCCACUAUGUUCCGCUUAUUUUUAACUUUCUUCUGAGACACGCAUUUUUUUUUUGUAUAUCAAUCUGACUUUCUCACUCGAUUUACCAUUUACCAAACACCAAAAAAAAACAAAAAGCGAACACACAAAAGUAAUUACAAUCAGCUCGUGACGGAAAAGAAGGUGUGAGUUCACAUCGAUUAAAGGCAGUAAGGGUAGAUACUGUUCGAGCAUAAGAUAAGGGAAAAAGUAGGGUUGUUUUAAUACACAAAUGAAAGCAGGUGGGUGAUACAGGGUGGAUAGCAAAGAAAAACGUAAAAGCGUUGGGAGAAGUUAUUAAAAAAAAACAGUACUAAAACUACUACCAUGAUCGUUGAAGGUAGUAGUUUUAGUACAGAAAACAUUAUUUUUUGUGAUUGUGUCAGUCAACUUUCAAUGGCAAAGGUUAUUUUGAUUCAAUACCUUUUUUUCUAGUUAUUUGCGAAUAUGUCGUUGGUGUACCAGUUUGUUUUUUUAAGUACACCCACCUCUGACCAAUCCAAUCGGGUAAAAAUCCCCAUUUUGCGGAUGUAUUUUCUUUCGCUUUACAAUUCCCUACACUCAAAUAAGGCGUUUGAAAGAGGAGGAAAAGUACGAAAAAACGAAACUCUACUCAAGUUUACACCGUACCGGACGGGAGACGUUUAACGAAUAGAAGUAAACGAGCAAGAGAGAAAAGGGAAACAGGUAAAACAUAAGGAAACGCAGAGAAGAUGUGUGAACGAUAGCGAAGCAAACCGUUUGAUAAUCGUGAAUAGUCCCGCAGAUUACGAUGGGGGACGGGAAAUGAUAGUUUGUAAACAAAGUAACAAAACAAAAAUGGAAUCAAUUUAUAGUCAUUUACAGAGAGCGUUUCAGUAGUAAAGCUUAGGUACGUGUAGUAGUGUUAAAAUUUGGCUUAAGUUCGUGUAAGCCCGUAGCAAUACACUCGUCCUCGUUUCGAUCGCAUACAGCCCAUUGCAGAUGCAAGAUCCGAUAGAUUUAGUGCUGUAAAAUGCAACAGUAUGGUUUCGUUUUGUGUUUUAACCUCCAUUCAACCGGGAGCAACUCCUUUCUAAUUUCCGAAAAAAAUGGUUCGAUGUUGAAAAUGGGUCGGUACUAUAAGAAAGGAACAGCAUUUCAUCUUUGAGCUCGGCCUGCACCCAGAAUGGUUUAAUUCUUCAUUGUAAGCUAGUGUUUAGCUGUGGUUCCUUUAGCAUUACUCCGAACCGGACCCACUAAAGCACAAUCAUUCAUGACAGGGUAUGUGGGGAUGGGACAGUUGUGCAAGACAGGCGUUGCAAAACAAAACAUUAUAAAAAAAUCCACAAACAUACGAUGACCACUACGCAUCUCCGAAACAACAUACACUAUUAUCCUAGAUCACAAAUUGUAAUGAGCUUAAAUCGGGAUUAAAUUACAGUCCCGACACUGGAUGUUGUUGAAUGCAGUACCAAACAUGGCAGACAUACAAAUACGUUUUACUGCCAAAAAAAAAAUCCGCCACAUAAGCAUGUUUCCUUUUGUCCUAGUGCAUCGUACACCUUACUUGUGUCAGGGUCACUGAUUAAUCGCUCCGUUGCCAUAAAUGCUUAAAACGUUAAGAGAUUUCCAACCAUUUUAGCAUGGGCCAUAGCCUAACACAGACACAGACCAGAGAGAGCCACACCAUUGGAUCUGAUGAUCUCAACGCUUUUGGAUGUGAUGCCAGGUUCAUUACAUUAAAACAUAAACUAUCUAAGUAUAUUCACAGUGCGCAGAGACGAUCCAAAAUGCUUCAACUGUCGUUUAAAUUUCAUUUAAAAAAAGAAUUUGAUGUUACUAUUUAGAAGAAAACAACUUACAAGCCGCAACAUCCAAGAUCGACCUUAGAAAACGCUUUCAUUUCAGUGCGCUCCAACACUCCAAUUGAUAGACAGUAACCGUGAGAUAGAAGGAAACAGUGAACCUCUAACGGUGAUAAAAACCGAACGUAUAAUUUCAUUGCGGUACCAACCUAUACAAGACCUCUCCCGUUUUUUGAAACCGACUUUUGAUAAGUACUCCUAUUCACAUUUACACUUUGCGAAGCGUGUGUGUUAAAGCGCCAUCAGUCGUUUCAUUUGUUGACUAUCAAUCAACGCAAACAAGUUGGCGAUCAAAAGAUUCAUCGUUUUCCUCAGCUCAGCGAGCCUGGAAGAGUUUUUUAGAGAGCAUAAAACCAAAUUACACUACUAUUCCUAGUUCAAUUCAACCGGAAUGUAAAGCACAACCGUCUCCAUUCGAUAGAGUACGUGACAAAACACACCACAUAAGUAUAUAUCAUUAUCAUCACACGCAUCGCCGUAUCGCUGCAUCCGUGCACCGCACACCGUGUGUUAUAGUAAAAUUUACACCCCUAGCUAAGCUGUGCAAAGGAAAACGCAUGAAAAAGUGUAACAAAGCAAAAGAGAUCUUAAAACUUCACCACUUAAACUGACUGACAUGGAGAGCACUGACACUAGUAGCAUGAACCAGUAGCAGCUUCCUCCUGGGGGCCAGAAGCAGCACAAGAUAGAACGAAAAAACGAAGGCGAAACAAUCGGCCACACUGUGUACGGGAAAAGGCAACAGAUUAGCAAAACACAACAACCAUGAUCGUAUGCGUGAAGAAGUUAAGCGCCAUAAAAUGAUAGCAAGCAUGUAAGUGAUGUGAAAAAGGGAUGAAAAAAAAUAAUUUAAGGAUAUGAACGUAAGCAGGGGCGAAGAGAAGAAAAAUAAGUACUAUACAUAAAAGUAUAUAUAUAUACAUAUACAUUUAAAAAUAUAUUUAAUUGAAUGCAUUACGCGCACGCGGAGCGGCCGGGACGUGAAGAGACGUAGUCUAUCAUUUGGGGCGUGUUACAACAACACUACACCCACAUCCACCCAGCUCCACCACAAUACAUAGCUCCCAGAGACGCGAUUUCGAAAGGCACAACAGUUAGGAGAAACAGUCUGUACCACACUGCUGGUAGGGGAUGGGAACGAAAAACACACAUUGCGACACUUAAUUCUAAAUUCGACGUUUGUCCGAGAUGCGACGGGUUUAGGAAAAGCAUGAAGAAAUAAAACCGUGAGUUAAGCCACAAGCGACAGUUACGAGAAGAAAAAAAAACGAUAACCAAAAUGUACAUUUUUUAAUAAAAACAAAACUUACUAAAAACUGACAAA